CUUAAACCUCAUCAUAUUCCCUCCUCAUUUCCUUUUCCCCCCAUCACCUCUUUCUUUCUUUCCUCAGAACCCACUCCUCUUUCAAAAUAUCAAACCACCAUAUAAUCAAUCUACUUAAAAGAAACUCGUCAUCAUGUCCACCUCUCAAGAUUACAUCCCCGCCGACCAAAUCGACUCCACCUUCGCGCACACCACCAACCUCGCCUCCUCCGCCCUCAACAGCACCAUCCUCUCCUGCUCCAACGAAUACUUCGCCGCCGCCUCCAACCUCCUCACCCCCACACCACCCAUCAACCGCCCGGGCGUCUUCGUCCACACCGGAGCCUGGUACGACGGAUGGGAAACCCGUCGUCACAACCCAGCCCCCUACGACUGGGCCGUGAUCAAGCUGGGCGUGUCCAGCGCGCACAUCUACGGCGUAGAAGUCAACACGGGGUACUUCGUCGGCAACUACGGCGAGAAGGCCUCUCUGCAAGCAACCUACGCGCCCAACACGCCGGAUUCUGAAGUCGCGGACGAGAAGUACGCGAACUGGACGACGAUUCUCCCGCCCGUGGAAUGCGGGCCGUCGCAGCGGCGUGCGUGGAAGCUGGACCCCGAGGUGCAUGGCAAGGCGUUUACGCAUGUGCGGUUGUUGAUGUACCCCGAUGGUGGGUUUGGGCGGUUGAGGGUGUAUGGGAAGGCCAUUCCGGGGGAUGUUAAGGUUGCUGGUGGGGAGGAUGAGGAAUUGAGUUCUGCGUUGGUGGGCGGUGUGGCGCUUGCGGCGUCGGAUCAGCAUUUCACUCCGUGUUCGAAUUUGUUGUUGCCCGGUCGGGGUAAGGAUAUGGGAGAUGGGUGGGAGACGGCGAGGUCGAGGGCGAAGGGUCAUGUUGAUUGGGCCAUUGUGAAGUUGGGGUUGGUGGGGAGUGUGAGUCGGGUGGUGGUGGAUACGAAGGAUUUUAGGGGUAAUUUCCCUAGGGAGGUGCGCGUGCAUGGGCUGGUGGAGGGGAGUGUUAAGGAUGGGGAGGAGCCAAAGCAUGAUCAUCCCGGUUGGGUCGAGUUGGUGAAGGGCGAUAGACCUUGUCGGGCGGAUACGGAACAUGUCUUUGAGGGUCAGGAUUUGGCGGCUGGUGGGGAGGAUACGAGGGCGUUUACGCAUGCUAAGUUGACGUUGGUGCCGGAUGGAGGUGUUAAGCGGUUCAGAGUGUUUGGAAAGCGUAAGGCUGUUGCUGCUUAGAUAUGAUAUGAGAUGUAAAAUGGGUAGUUACUAGGAUCACCAAGAAUGAACAUCAUGC